UUCGAUGUCCUCGUAUGCCGCGUGUUUCAUAAAUUCACUUGCCCGUUAUGGUGACAACAUCACUGGGUCUCUGGACAUCGCUCUUGGUCGCCCUGGCUUCGUGGAAGGGGGCCGGGGGCGAGAACCUUCCGCAUGGAAUAGUCAAGUGCUCGGAUAGCAACACGGCGAUUGAUUUCACGAAGUUGGGGGCCGAGAUAAACCCAGAACACUACAAAGACAAAGUUGUGAUGGUUGUGAACGUGGCGACCUACUGAGGGUUAACAAGCCAAUACCACAACAUGAAUGCACUCACAACUCACGAGAAAUACGAGGCGACGAAUCUGUUUAAGAUAAUUGGAGUCCCGAGCAACCAGUUCGGCCUCCAAGAACCCGGGGCUAACAAGACAGAGAUAAUGAACGGUAUAAAAUGGGUACGACCAGGAGGCGGCUUCGUCCCCAACUUUCUGCUAUCAGAAAAAAAGGAGGUGAACGGCAAGACUGAGAAUGAAAUGUAUACCGAAAUGAAGAGACAAUGUCCUUGUGUGAAAAAUGAGAUAGGAGACCCCAAAGAAUUUUACUGGACACCAAUCAAGGCUAAUGACGUUCAGUGGAACUUUGAAAAAUUCUUGAUAGGCAAAGAUGGCAGUGUAAGAUAUCGGAUCGCCAGUUCAAUACCCCCAGAUCACGAGAACGUGACAAAGCUUUUGGAUAAACUAUUAGAAUAAUAACAAACAUUACAUGGAGAAAGAUGAAACGUUCACCUUCAUUUUUAAAAUGCGUACUUCCCCUUUAUUGGAACAUGAUGUCCUCAAAUAGGAUGCGAAUAGAAAUGGACAACACUUGUUUUCGGGAAAAGUUACAUCGUUCAACGCUAAAAGAUCAGCUUCUACAGUGCAACUAGCACAUACUUCCUAAAGGAAACAGUGUGAGCACCUCGCCUUCCUGGGUGUCCAACUUUAUGUGGUUUAUAGACAGCACUAUCUAAGUAUUCAUUUUUCUUAAGACAACACAGUCUGUCUUUUGGCCCAUUAACCAGUUGUUGGUUGUCGGAAUCAUUCAGUCAUUGGACAUAAACACAGCCUGGUUGUCCCUCAAACAGUCUCUGGACAGCACAGCUUGGUUGUCCAUCAAACAGUCCUUGGACCAACAGGGUCUGGUUGUCCAUCAAACAGUCUCUGGAUAACAGAGCUUGUUGUCCAUCAAAUAGUUCUUGGACAAUACAGCCUGGCUGUCCAACAGACAGUCUUUGGACAAUAUAGCCUGGUUGUCCAUUUGUCUUCAUAAAACACUGCCGGACUGUCCAUCAAGUCUUACAACAACACAGCUUGGUUGUCUUUCCACAGUGCAGCCAGCCUGGUUGUAUGUUGUGCAUCGUUGUACCACACAGCCUGGUUGUCCAUCUAGCUGUCUCUCAUCAAUUUGACUUCUCUUCAACUAAUUUGAAUGUGUUGAUCACAUUGCCUCCAACAUACGUCCCUCUUUCCACCCAAUCUAGUACGAGGAUUAUCAUAAUACAAUACACACUGACCCAAGUUCUAGUUAUGGUGACUUGUACCCACAGAGCUGUUUAUCGAAGACUCUGAACACUUUAUGACGAAUCUGACUCAAUCUGUGAAGAGGUCAAAUUCUGAUCAUUACGGUCUGCCAAAGAUAUUGUGCAUUCUAUCAUUAGGUAGGACUGUAAUGUGUUCGAUUUUCCUAAUGAAAAGUUCUGUGAAAUCAAA